AUGGCUGCGCAACCAUAUACCAUGGCUCUCCAGAAGUACAUGCUUCUAACAGAGCAACACCAAGAACUCUGCGAUCGCCUCGACCAGAUCCGUCCCGAGUUUAGCACCCGCUCUCAAUUCUCCUCACCAUCCACCUCACCAACGCGAUCCUCAUCAUCAUCGCUCUCCCUACCACCCUCGCCGAAGCGGCACUCCCGAAGUGGCCGUCACCACUCGCGCUCCCACGCCCGUUGCAGCGGCUGGGAGAACCACAAUGAACUCACCACGAUUCCCGACGAGGAGACCAUCUACGAGAUUUCUGCCGAGGAGCAGCGCCUUUCCGAAGUCAACGAGAGUAUCAAGCGCACCCUCACUGAGCUUCUCAACUGCAGCAGCGUGCGCGCCGACCGGGCUUUCAGAACAUGGGUACAGACAAGACUCAUGGAGACUGAGAAGGAGCUUCGCAGCGGCCGAAGGCGCAGAAGCUCAGGCGAUUAG